AUGACAGAGCCUAUAGAAGGUCUAGAAGAUGAAACUGUGCUGUCGAAUCGAUUCCUUCUGGAUGGAGAUGAAGAAACUUAUGAGAAAUAUGGUGAACAUUUGACCAGGUUGUUGGAUGAAGGUGAAGGAGAGGCUCUGCUUGAAGUCGGAAUGCCAUUAGACGAUGAAUUUGAAGACAAAGGUGAUUUGUUGUUUAUGUUUUUUAUUUUAGGUAACAAAGUUUGGAAAACUAUGUAUACGAAGUCAUAGUAUGAUGUCACAACAAAAUUUUGUUGUAAAACGAAGAAACGUUUUAAAAAAACUAGGCUUUGAUAAAGUAAAAAUUGUUUUUAGGUUUGACAGAAGCCGAAUUAUUGAAAGCUGAAGCCAAAAACACGGAAAUUGCCAAGACUUUGCAAUGUGAAACAACUUCAGUUUUCACACGAUCUUUGGGAGGGAAGAAAUUUAGUAGAAUUGUAUUGUUGAGGCGGAAUCUGCCUGCUACAGAUUUUAUCGAAGUCAGAGUAGCUGUUGUUGGUAAUGUAGAUGCUGGUAAAUCUACAUUUCUUGGUGUUUUAACUCAUAACUCGUUGGACGAUGGCAGAGGAUUGGCUAGAAAAAGGCUAUUUAGGUAAGGAAGGUUAUAAUACAUAUAUUACAGCUUGUUAAAAAGUUGAACUUUGGUGCUGCUGUUUUUAGGUAGUUUUUGAUAAAACUGAUAGUAUUUUAAAUUUAUCAACGUUUUUCUUACUUUGUUGUUUCAGACACAAACACGAAUUUGAGACCGGAAGAACCUCAUCAGUCAGUAACGACAUUUUGGGCUAUGACAUUCAUGGUAAUAUUGUCAACAACCCUGAUCCUCAUUCCGGAAAGCUGGACUGGCUCAAUAUUUCCGAGAAGGCAGCUAAAAUCUUGACGUUUAUUGAUCUCGCUGGACACGAGAAAUACCUUAAGACCACGAUCUACGGUCUGACCGGACAUCAGCCAGACUACACGAUGUUGAUGGUGGGAGCCAAUAUGGGUAUUAGUGGAAUGACAAGAGAACACUUGUCUCUUUGUUUGGCAUUGAAUGUGCCUGUCUUUGUGGUUAUUACAAAAAUCGACAGAUGUCCUGAGCCGGUCUUGGAGGAGACUUUGAAACAGUUAAACAAGUUGUUGAAGAGUCCGGGCUCUAGGAAACAUCCAGUGCUGGUCAACUCUCUGGAGGAUCUCUAUUUGGCUGCUCAGAACUUUUUUCAUGGACGGUAAGUUGUGAUAAGGGGAUAAAAAAUAAUUAUUUGUGAAAGCUUGAAAGAAUUCAUGACAAAAUUAGUGUAAUGUAAAAAAUUUCGUUUUAGGAUGUGUCCAAUCUUCAAGGUAUCUAAUGUGUCCGGCGAGAACAUUGACAUGGUUCGAACCUUCCUCAAUAUCUUACCUCUUCGUAGGAAAGUUCUGGAUCACUCUCGAGUAUUGUUUAUUAUUGAUGAAGUGUUUUGGGUAGGUUCUAUUGAAAGAAAAUCAGUUAUUAUACUUCCUCACAUCUAGUUUCAAUUCUCAUAAUGUCUUUAUUUGUUAUUUCAGGUUGACGGUGUGGGUACGGUAGUAUCGGGAAACUGUAUAUCGGGCAGAAUUGAAGCGGGUGACAGUUUGUGGUUAGGACCGGAUCCUACUGGAGUUUUCAAUAAAGUACCCAUCAAAUCGAUUCACAGGAAAAGAAUGCCAGUCGACUUUGUUAGGCACGGCCAGUCGGCUGCUUUUGCUAUUAAGUAAGUUUUAAACUGUCAAAAUAAAAAUAUAUACGUGAUGUUAAAAUUAUUCACUACCACACAGCCCUUAUCACAUUCAUAUCAAUUCAAUUUUAGAAAAAUAACCAAACGUCAGGUACGCAAAGGCAUGGUGAUGUUGUCUGGACCAGAAGCCCCAAAAGCCGCAUGGGAAUUCGAAGCCGACCUUCUGAUUCUGAAUCACCCGACAACAAUCGCCAAGAACUACGAAGCCAUGGUGCAUGUGGGCGCGGUUCGUCAGACUGCCAAGCUGAUAAGUUUGGACAACAAAGAUGUCCUCAGAACUGGAGACCGCGACAAAGUCAGGUUCAAGUUCAUCAGAAGACCGGAAUUCGUGAGGCCAGGUACUCGACUGGUCUUCCGCGAAGGCCUCACUAAGGCUGUUGGUACCGUUAGCGAGAUCACGAUAUACGCUACACCAGCCAACGCCGAAAAGUAUAAUGGCAAAGGAAAGAAUCCGGGUAGGUGAUGGUAGCUUUUUAUAAGAUCACUGUAGUUUUAAGGGUUUAGGAUUGUUUUUAAAAAGUCUUCUUUGAAAAAACUGGUUUUAAGGUACUAAACAGUAUCAUACGUUAAAAAACUAUAAAUAUAUUGUUUUAGAGCUGAAGAGUCACAAGGCCCAAAAGCAUAAAGUCGCUCCGAAGGUUGGAAACUAA